AUGAAUGAUUCCAGUUAUUUCAAACCAACCUUCAGUUGGGAGGAUUCACAGCUAUCAGAAAAUCUGAACGAUGCAAUACUUUUAUCCAGUAACGAAGAAAUUUUAUCAAAAUCGGACGACGAUAUUUUUUAUGACACAACGGAAUUUUCUUUUUCAUCAGACAACAAUUUAAAAGUAACUGAUAUAUCAAAUAUAAGUGAGGCAGAAGGAUACAAGAGUUGCUCAGAUUUAUCAGUAAACACUGAUAGCACAAGUAUGCUUUCCUUGCCUUGUCCAAAGUCCAAUUUCAAGGACAAUAAUGUCCUUGCAUCGUCACAGAAUUCAAAUAAUUUAAAAGAUCAACAAAACGUAAAAACAUAUGAAAUAAAUAAAAAUGUUCCAUUAAGAGUAGAAUUAAAACGUAUGUUAAAUGAAAUUUUAGGGAGGAAACAUAUAAAAGAAUUCAGUAUCUCUUGUUCAACUAAUGAAUCAGACAAUCCAGUUGAAAUAAAUGAUAAUGAUCCAUUAUAUCAAUUGCCAAAAGAUGAUGAUCUUUGUCCAACAUCUGAGAAUAUAAAAGAUUCUAAUAUGGACAAUAUGUUGUCUUUGCAUAAUACAUCAAUCCAUGUGUUAAACAAAUGGUGUUCUAGGGAUUUAGAAACAAUUUUGGAACAGUCCAAUGAAAGCAGCAAUACAUCAUUCCAGCAGAGCACAUCAAACUGGUCUGGGAAAUGUAUGAGUGAACUAAAAAAUUUGUCUUUCCAAAAAAUAAGCAAACAUUGGAUACAUGAUAAAAUAUUUAUUACCAGUGAUAUUGGUGAUAGUAUAUCCAGUGAAACUAAUACCUCUAAUGGCAUUGAAGUGAUAAGUAAGGAAAUCUUUAGAGAACUGAAUGAUUUGAAAGAGAAUGAUUCAUUUAAUUCCACUUGCCACAAUGAGAAUUCACUUCAUCCUAAUGAGAAAAUGAUUAUUACCAACAAUAUAAAUAAUGAAGAAUAUAACUUAUUUAAGCAUAAAGUACCUUCUAUACUAAUUACUCCAGCAACCCCAAUCUAAGUUAUUCAUUUUGUAACUUUUCUAAUAAUGUUGUAAAAAUAAAAGUACCGCAUACCAAUUA